CUGCCCCCAGCCCCACCUCCACCCUCGCCUCAGCGUCCUUCAGGUCGUCAAUUAAUUUUUAGGAUAUCAGCGUCGUUCAGGAUCAUUGAUGACCUUCAGAAGAGGGACAGCCUUGAGGAUACUGAUAUCCCUCAAGGGAUUUAGGACCGAUUGAACUGGAUUUCAGGAUGCAGACCGACGUUCAUUAGGAUACGACGACCUCUCCACGACUUCACACAGUUUUCGAAACCCUGUUCUCAUGUAAAGUGUGUUGGUGAUAAUUUAGAGCAAGUUUGGAACGGGUUGUGAAGAUGAAGAUGGGGUUUGUGUUACCACUCGGUAGCUUUUGCGAUAUUUACUCUUGUUUUUUUUUCUCGAAAUAAUGUGUUAUAGCUAGCGUAGUUUUUUUUUAUUGCUACUCUUAAAGACUAAAGCAGGAAAAUAAUUCAUUGGUGAAUACACUGUAGAAGCUUUCUUCAUAUUAAAAAUCACCAUUUUGUCAGUUUAUCUAUUCAAAACGAAUACUCCAAAGACUGCCAAUGAAUUUUAGUGAUAUUUUGCGCAAUCUAGCUGGCCGAAUAAAUUAAGGAAAACAGGAGCACUAGCUUUAUGCCGUGUUUAGCUAAUAUAAGGAUUAUUGAUUUGAAUGUUUUAUUUUAUAAAUAAUUUGUUUUAGUUUGUUCCUAAUUGCCAGACUUAAAGAACAUUAUAUUCCGAUGAUGGGUAUAAUGACUGAUAAUUGUUCUAAAGGUUUAUAGCCAAAGAAUCCAUCUGACUAGACAGGUACAUUGUUGAAAACCCUUAUGCAAAAUGCUAACAAAAGACUCACGCUAGAUGGCAAACAACGAUUUCAUUAGUUUGAUUAUACAUUUCUUUGCAAACAAACGUGUGCUGCAGAAGGACAGGGAAAUGUGUUCACGUGUCAACUCCAGGAGAUUAAGAUAGUUAUCGGUUCUCCUUGAACUAAAAAUAUCUACGUUGUAAUCUUAUUAGUUGAAAUCCUUCUAUAUCAGAAAUCAUAUAAAUAACUUCACAUUAGAGCAAAUGUUUUCAUCAAGUGCUACCCUGUGAAUCG